UAAAAAUGAAAAAUAUGUCAAUAAAAAUGAAAAACUAGCUGAAUUUGAUACGAACACUAAAAACGGAACAGUUGAUAUAAACGAUUUAAAAAUACUAGAUGGCGUAAAGCAUGUUCACGGUAUUCUACGAAGAAGUGGUAAAACAGCGUACGGUGACUUUGGGGAUAAUUUCAACAACGAUAUCGAUGAAGAAAAGGAAAGAUGUUGGUUCUUAGAGAAGUUCGACCCUAGAUCGCUGAUAGGCAAAGUUGUGAGACGCAAGUGUGGUAGGCGAUCGAAUUUCGAUGCAAAAUUUGUUGUCGUCAUGACAAACGUAUUGAAUAAAUAUGUCGAUACCGAAUUCAGAUUCACUGGUGAAAUGACUGAGAUACUUCUGGAAAACAUCUUUGGUAAGAACACGGAUCUGAGAAACAAUAUCUUCGACGUGAACAAACUCCUUAUAUAUCUGAGGAAGUCUGUGGACCGUCAUAAAAUACACUCCCACAAGUAUGUGAUAACUCUGAAGGCCAGGCAAUGUCUCACACUAUCCAUCCCUGGUUGUUUCUGCAGAUCUGGAUACGUAGAAAGUUCCGGACAGUGCGUAAAACCGGAAGAUUGCGUCACCGAUGAAAAAUAUUUGCAAUAUUUAUCUAGAAUUGUAAUACUGUGACUAAAGUAAAGUGACCAGAAAUUAAAGUGAGCGCACGCGCCUACAAUAUAUCGACUUAAAAUAAACACGGCAUAACGUCGGAUUAUGAC